AUGGAUACAAACAUUUUUACUAAAUAUAAUCAAUUAUCAAGUUUUGCAUGUGAACAUUGGGCAUUAUUAUUUCAUGAUAUUGAAUAUGAAACGUGUCAAAAAGAUCACAAUAUUUUUAUUUCAUUUGCACAUGCCCAAGUUACUUUAGUUAAUGAAAUCUAUGAUUAUCUUAAUAAAUCAAAUGAUGUUCUAUUAUUUUGUCCAACAGGUCCAAAAGUAAUAUCUCGCUUUAUAAUUAUUUCUCAUAUUUUAUCAGUAAAUACUGUUUUACAACGACGUUCAGCAAUGUGGGAUAAUUUAAAUGCAAAUGAUUAUGAUCAACGUCGUUCAUAA